AUGUAUAUUCGUGGCAGGGGGAAGAUCGACUACCUAACUGGAGAAAAGAAAGAACCGGCUGCUACAGAUUCAUCCUAUCCUAUUUGGGACGUUGAGAAUUCGUUGGAUUUAGACUUAUUCAGCGACUAUGAAUGGAAAUCUACUAAAGACUGCAAUCACUACCAAAAAACCGUGGAGGACAACCGGAUUUUCAACUUUCUGAUUUGCUUGAAUGUGGAAUUUGAUGAGGGGGAGAUCUCUAAUGAAGAUUGUUUAGUGGACUUUGAACUUCUUCCUUCUGAGUAUAUCCUAAACACGGAAAACACCACCACCUUUCCUUCUCAUUCCAAUAUGUCAUAUACAAAAGGACACUUGAACUCAGAGGGAGAUGUGGGAAAGCAAAAGAACAGGGAGCUGCUUGUCUACUCAAGAAGGCCAAAGUCAAAAUAUCAAGACAACCUCACUUCCGAAGCACCAAGAGAAUCCAACCCUGUGAUAGAUCCAGGUAUGACCGAGACCAUCACAGAAGAAGGUAUCUCUAAUACCCCUGAAAUUCUUGAUAUUGAUGUUCCCAUAGCUCACAGAAAAAAAAGCCACGAUCAUGAGGCACUAGCCAUUCCAGAGUGGAGAAAUGCCGUCAUGGAAGAAAUGAGAGCUUUGAAGAAAAAUGAGACGUGGGAUAUAAUGGAGCUGCCAAGAAGGAAGAAAACACAACUCGACAUCAAGAAUGCGUUCUUGAACGGAGAAUUAGAAGAAGAGCUCUAUAUGGACAUGCCGCCAGGAUUCAGCAAAGGGCAGGAAGACAAGCGAGUGUGUAAACUCAAGAGAUCACUUUAUGGCCUUAAGCAGUCCCUAAGAGCGUGGUUCGACAGGUUUGCAAAAGUGAUAAAGGAUCAAGAAUAUUUACAGGCAGAAAUGGAGAGGUUGAAGAGUAUUCUUGCUACGGAGUUUGAAGUGAAAGAUUUGGGGCAAAUGAGGUAUUUUUUGGGAAUGGAAGUUGCUAGGUCAAAUAAAGGAAUCAGUGUCUCCCAGAGGAAAUAUGUCCUUGAUCUUCUCACAGAAACGGGUAUACUUGGAUGCAAACCAAGUGACACCCCGAUUGAAGCAGGGAAGAAAAUCGUGGACGAUGGGAAGUUGUGUGGCCAGCCAACACAUGCAUUCGCCAAAGGAACCUCACUUGGAGGCAGUAUACAAGAUACUCAGAGGAGCAAAAAACAAAAUGUGGUGGCUCAGAGUAGUGCCGAAGCGGAAUUUAGAGCGGUUGCCCAAGGAAUAUGUGAAGUACUAUGGCUGAGGAAACUACUAGAAGAACUCCAAGUUACAGUAGAAUUCCCGGUUAAACUCUACUGUGAAAACAAAUCGGCAAUUAAUAUAUCCCUCAAUCCAGUCCAACAUGACCGAACCAAGCAUGUGGAAGUGGAUAAACACUUCAUCAAAGAAAAUGUGGAGAAGGGAAUCAUUUGCAUGACCUAUGUUCCUACUCAAGAUCAGGUUGCAGACAUCUUCACCAAAGGGCUCGCAAGACAAAAAUUCGAUGAUUUCUUAAGCAAGUUGGAAAUGAUGAACAUAUAUGAUCCAACUUGA